AUGGUCUUCAACGAAAAUGGCCAAAGAAAUGGCCCCAACUAUGAUGCGCCACGCGAGAUGCAAGAUCUACCUGCUGGCCAAGCAUACCACUUUCGCGAAUCUGACGACGCAAACGCCUCAAACCGAUCGCCCGUGAGCAACCCAUACGAACCCGAUUAUGAACAAUUAUCUCCCCCGCCCAUGCUGGGCGCACAGCGCCCUGUCCCCGAACAAAACGAGUCGAGCCGCGAUCUUCUACACAGCUCUUACCAUGGCAGUAUAGGUCAGGCCAGCUUCGACCAGGGCAGCCUCGGCCACAACAGUGCCUAUGGAGUUGGCGCUUUCGGUCAUUAUCCUCCUGACCAGCACGGUCGGUUGCCUGGCUCGCCGGGUUACGAGUACCCAGAACCUGAGUACGAUGUCGAAGCCUCCCGCCUGGCUGAAUCACGCCUUUCUGUCGUGCAUCGUACACCUACGAUGCAGGAAUGGGGUCAGAAUGGGGAGACACUGUCUGUUUCGCCUGAAUUUGCCCACGGCCGCCCAGAUUCGACUUACCAGGAAUUCGACGUUGACGAGAGCUGGAUGAUGCGCCAGCAGCAAGCACAACUUGGACCUGGUGGCCUCGGUCGCUCAAAGACUCGCAAGGUCAAGCUUGUCCAGGGCUCCGUCCUCAGUAUCGACUACCCCGUCCCCAGCGCCGUCAAGAACGCCAUCGAGCCCAGGUAUCGCAACGGUCCUGGAAGCAUGGAGGAGGAAUUCACAAAGAUGCGCUACACAGCUGCUACCUGCGAUCCGAACGACUUCACCCUGCGCAACGGUUUCAACCUCCGCCCGCGAAUGUAUAACCGUCAUACCGAACUCCUCAUCGCAAUCACCUAUUACAACGAAGACAAGGUGCUUCUCGCCCGAACCCUACACUACACAAUGAAGAACAUUCAGGACAUUGUGAACCUGAAGCGAUCCAAAUUCUGGAACAAGGGAGGUCCAGCCUGGCAGAAAAUCGUCGUCUGUCUCGUCUUCGAUGGUCUCGAUAAAGUUGACAAGAAUGUCUUUGACGUCCUCGCCACUGUUGGUGUCUAUCAGGACGGCGUUCUCAAAAAGGACGUCAAUGGCAAGGAAACUGUCGCCCAUAUUUUCGAGUACACCAGUCAAAUCUCCGUGACGCCCGAUCAACAGCUUGUCCGUCCUGACCCCGACAAGCCGCAUCGCAAUCUGCCCCCCGUGCAGUUCAUUUUCUGUCUUAAGCAAAAGAACAGCAAGAAGAUCAAUUCGCAUCGCUGGCUGUUCAACGCCUUUGGUCGCAUUCUAAACCCAGAAGUCGCCAUCCUCAUCGACGCCGGAACAAAACCUGGCCCGCGCGCCCUGUUGUCUCUCUGGGAAGGCUUCUAUAACGAUCGUGACCUCGGCGGUGCUUGUGGUGAGAUCCACGUCAUGUUAGGCAAGGGUGGAAAGAUGCUUCUCAACCCGCUUGUCGCGGUACAGAACUUCGAGUACAAAAUUUCCAAUGUGCUCGAUAAGCCUCUGGAAAGUGCGUUCGGAUACGUCAGUGUCCUGCCUGGUGCGUUUUCAGCGUACCGCUUCCGUGCCAUUAUGGGACGACCAUUGGAGCAGUACUUCCACGGCGACCACACGCUCUCCAAAACUCUAGGCAAGAAGGGUAUUGACGGAAUGAACAUCUUCAAGAAGAACAUGUUCCUUGCCGAGGACCGAAUUCUCUGCUUCGAAUUGGUCGCAAAGGCGAGUCAAAAAUGGCAUCUGAGCUACAUCAAGGCAUCCAAGGGCGAGACCGAUGUGCCUGAAGGCGCAUCUGAGUUUAUUGGCCAGCGACGUCGAUGGCUUAACGGAUCUUUCGCCAUGUCUCUCUAUUCUCUUAUGCAUUUCGGACGAAUGUAUGGCUCUGGCCAUAACGUUGUCCGACUCUUUUUCCUCCACAUCCAGUUCGUGUACAACUUACUCAACGUGCUGUUCAGUUGGUUCUCGCUCGCUGCUUUCUAUCUCACUACCACGAUUAUCAUGAAGCUUGUCGGAACGCCACAGGUUCUAUCCGGGUACCAUGGCUGGCCGUUUGGCGAUAUGGCUACGCCAAUUGUCAAUGUUCUGAUCAAAUAUAUUUACAUCGCUUUCCUCGUCCUGCAAUUCGUCCUCGCUCUUGGAAACAGACCAAAGGGUGCUCAGUACACUUACGUCCUCUCCUUCAUGGUUUUCGGCUUGAUCCAGUUGUAUCUUUUGGUCUUGACUGGCUAUCUCGUGUACCGAGCCUUCACUGGAACGCCCAUUGAAGACCAGAUCUCAUUCGCGUCCGGGCAAGCCUUCUUCGAUAGUUUCUUCGGAGGCGAUACUGGUGUCGCAGGUCUGAUCAUCAUCGCCUUGAUCACUAUCUACGGUCUCAACUACAUCGCGUCCUUCCUCUACCUAGAUCCGUGGCACAUGUUCCACUCCUUCCCUCAAUAUCUUGUCCUCAUGUCAACCUACAUCAACAUCCUGAUGGUUUAUGCCUUCAACAACUGGCACGAUGUGUCCUGGGGAACAAAGGGUUCCGAUGCUGCCGAAGCUCUGCCCUCUGCCAACAUUGUCAAGGAUGAAAAGGGCAAGGAAGCCGUUGUGGAAGAAAUCGAGCAGGAGCAGGAGGAUAUCGACAGCAAGUUUGAAAAGGUCGUUUGGCGAGCCCUCGCACCAAUGAGCGAAAUGAUGGAAGAACAGCCCGAGAAGAAGGACGUUGAAGAUUCAUACAAGUCUUUCCGAACUGGUCUUGUUAUUCUUUGGUUGCUGUGCAACAUUGUUCUCAUUGUCUUUGUCACAACAGACGAUUUUAUCACUCUCGGUGUCUCUAAAGCCGCAGACGUCCGUACACCCAUGUAUUUCCGUUUCCUCCUCUACUCGACAGGUGUGCUGUCUAUUGUCCGCUUCAUUGGUUUCCUCUGGUUCAUUGGACGAACUGGUAUUAUGUGCUGCAUUGCAAGGCGAUAA